CCCAAUCCAACCCCACAAAUUACAAUUACUCUGCCUCUCUCUCUCUCUCUCUCUCUCUCUCUCUCGCAGCAGAUCUUACGCGCCGGCGAGAGGUAAUCGAAGAAGUCGAUCUGAAGGAAGGAGCGAGAUCGAGGGAGAUGGGGGACGCAUAUUGUUCGGACUGCAAGCGGAAUACGGAGGUUGUGUUCGACCACUCGGCGGGGGACAUGGUGUGCUCCGAGUGCGGGCUGGUGCUGGAGUCGCAUUCCAUCGACGAGACCUCCGAGUGGCGGACCUUCGCAAACGAGUCCGGCGACAAUGACCCGGUUCGUGUUGGCGGACCUUCCAACCCCCUCCUGACCGACGGCGGUCUCUCCACCGUCAUCUCCAAGCCCAACGGCGUGCAGGGCGAUUUCCUCUCCUCAUCGCUGGGACGGUGGCAAAACCGAGGGUCCAACCCUGAUCGGAACCUCAUUAAUGCUUUCAAGGGCAUCGCGUCCAUGGCGGACAGGUUGAACCUUGUGGCCACUAUAAAGGAUCGUGCCAAUGAGAUAUUUAAGAAAGUUGAAGACCUAAAAUCUGUUAGAGGGCGAAAUCAAGAUGCAAUUUUAGCUGCUUGUCUAUAUAUUGCUUGUCGGCAAGAGGACAAACCUCGCACUGUUAAGGAAAUUUGUUCUGUUGCCAAUGGAGCUACAAAGAAGGAAAUAGGACGUGCAAAGGAGUUCAUUGUAAAACAGCUUGAAGUUGAGAUGGGACAAUCUAUGGAGAUGGGUACAAUUCAUGCAGGAGAUUUCUUGAGACGGUUUUGUUCCCAUCUUGGUAUGCCAAAUCAGAUAGUUAAAGCAGCUCAAGAAGCAGUUCAAAAAUCAGAGGAACUUGACAUAAGGAGGAGCCCGAUUUCAAUUGCAGCUGCUAUUAUCUAUAUGAUAACUCAGCUAUAUGAUGACAAGAAACCCCUCAAAGAUAUAUCAUUGGCAACUGGGGUGGCAGAAGGCACCAUAAAGAACGCAUACAAAGAUCUUUAUCCUUAUGCUUCUAGGAUCAUUCCCACCUACUUUGCCAAGGAAGAGGAUCUAAAGAACCUUUGCAGUCCAUAGUUUGAAGUUAUUAAACAAAGGAGUUGAAAUUUUUUAGAUCGAUUAGUAGAUCGUAUGCUGCAUUAGCCAAAGAUGGCUUAUCACGUUUGUAGCCUAUUCUUAUUUGUUCGAGAGAAUUUUUCUCUGAUAAGUUCAACUUGUCACAUACAUUUAGAGGGAAAACAGCUCUCAGAAAAUCUUCUAUUUUAGACAAGCAAAGGCUGGUCUGAGUAAGAUGAAGGAAUUGCAAAAAUGAUUUGCCAAAUAAAUCUAUUAGAUCUUUAUUUCAUAUGCAA